AUUUAAUAUUUGACAUUUCAGAGUUGAUGAUGGAAAGUGAUUUAUCUGCAUUGAACCGUCGUCUUGAGAAACUGGAACAGAGAACAUGGGGAUCGAAACCAAGAAAUAUAUUACACGAGCCCUUGGUACACUAUGUAGCAGAGUAUAGUACAGAUGUUGGGAAUAGUCUGGUUGGCCAUGACAGGAUAACUCCUGUAGUUAAACGUAUAGAAGAGCUAGAGAUGUAUUUGGAUCCGUUGUUUGGAGAGAAGAGCUCCAACACUGACAGGGUCAAACAAUCCAUCCUGCUUAGCCAGGCUGGUCAGCUAGACCAAGAGUACAACAUGCUAGAACAGAUUAAAAUUCUGAGUGGAGAGCUGGACAGUCAGAAGUUGGGGGAUAUCAAAGAAAAUACAGGGAAACUAGAAGAAUUAAAGAGAUUUCAACUCCAGGAGAAAGAACAAGCUGACGCUCUCAAUACCCAGACACUAGAGCUGGUGGAGAAAUACAAUUCUAUCAUUUCCAGCCUUACUCAAGCAUUUAUCCAGAUAGACGCCAAGGUGGCAGCAGUAGAGGCUAAACUCAAGAAACCUGAAUAUUACUAAUUAGUGAUAUUUAGAAAUAAGAAAAUGGGUAAUACCUGUUAGGUAUACUUAUCAAAAAAUGUGAAAAUACAUUUACAUAUAUAAUACAUGCAUGUACGAUGUGCAUUAUUGUUAAAGUCGAUUAUAAUUUUCAAUACAAUUUUUUAUGCAUA